UGCGUCUGCAACAACUACACCUUCGUGGGGUUUUGGCGAUCGUGGCAUCGAAGUCUACACAUGUGGGUUCUCAGGUACAUGUAUCACCCGAUGGGAGGGCACAGCCGUCGCCUCCUCAUAGUCUGGCCCAUCUUCAUCUUCAUCGGCCUAUGGCACGAUCUCGAGUGGACGUGGCUGGCCUGGGCUCUCUUUAACUGCGCUUUCAUGACUUUUGAGGUAACCGACCUCCUUAUCUGUUCCUCCUCCUCUUCCUCAUUGACUUUCAGAUCUCUUCUCGGAAAGUGGCUGGUAUUGUUAGCAAUCGUCCUCAACAUCUACUUGCUCAUCCUCAGCAACCUUGCUAUCCUGUAUGGUUUCCAA